UCUACGGGAGAUUCUGCGUUUACCAACGUAGAGACAAAAAGAAAAACGCAGUCCACACACACACAUCAACUCACACUGUAGCGAGCGAAGAGAUAGAGAGAGACCAACAAACUCCGAGGCGUUCGCUCAAAAUUGUGAGGGAGAGAGAAAUCCUCCAUCGUUUCGAUCGAUCAUGCCUCCCGGUGCGAAGAAGAGAAAGGCGUUGAAGAAAAAGCAGCAACAGGAAUCGAUUGGAACAAGUACGAACGAUAAGGGCUCCAAUGGCGAUAUUCUCCACGGAAAUGAUGAACAUGGAAGCCAAGAUGAUAGGGGAAGUGAUAGCACUUUGAGCUCCCCUGGUUCUCAAGGGAAUGAUGAAUUUGGUGUCACAAAAGAUCCAUCUGCUGAGGCUACAUCAUCCGGUUUUGUGGUGAAGGAGUCUGCUAAAGAGAUAUCAGAUGUUGAAAGAGGAACAAAUGAUAAGAACAACGUUGUGGAGAAACCGCCCACUUCCUCUAACGAAAACAGUACUGAGACCUUCAAAAACGUAGCUUCUCAGGAUCCUUGUGUUAAGGAGAUUGCUCCUGUUGUCGAUUCUGUCUCCAAAGUAGUGAUUUCGGAAAAGAGUGAGCAUGCUGAGACCUCAACACACUCACAUUUGGUCAAACAGAAGUCUGAUGGAACAAGCAGAGAAGUAGAGACUGUAAGAGAGUCUGAAGCUCCAGUAUCCUCUGAGGAAAAGCGUCUUUUGUUGCCUGGUCCACAACCACAAGCCGUCCGAACUUCUUGGUUAAGUUGCUGCGGUUUGUUUGAUGCUAUGACAGGAUCUGACAGAUAACACAGGAGUUAGAUAAAGCUGGACGCUCAUGACAGCCAAAGCUCAAAAACAACCGAAAAAGCAGAACUUACGGGUCCGUACACUCUUCUUUGUACAUUAUCUUUGAUAGAUAAUAACAUGGGCGGCUUUUAGUUAGCAACAUAAAUUUCGUUUUACCUUUCAUUUUUGAAAUACAGUCGUAAUUUGUCCAUAAUAUGGAUUUUACUUUCAUAAGACUAAAUAUAGCUCUAUGCUUUUUUCAAUUA